ACAAAAAAAACAAAAGAUGUGAUUUUUUUUUUUUUUUUGUAAGGACCUGAGGACAAUAACAUGGUAUUGGAAUCUGGGGUCUCCACAUUGCGAUGGGUGUCUGUGUGUCUGUGGGUACCUGAUUCUGAGAUCCCAGGGCCGAUUGCCUGUGAUGGAUGAAGCUGAUAUCAAUGAGAGCAGAACGGAGGCUGAACUCCGUACGGUCCCCAGCUACGGAGUGCUCGAGAGGAUUGCCCUCAUCUCCUUCUUCUCCCUGGUGAUGCUCAUGACUGUCCUGGGGAACCUGCUCGUCAUGGUGGCUGUUUGCAAGGACCGGGAGCUCAGGAAGAUCAAGACGAACUACUUCAUUGUGUCGCUGGCGUUCGCAGACCUGCUGGUGUCGGUGAUGGUGAUGCCAUUCGGCACCAUCGAGCUGGUCCACCAGAACUGGAUCUACGGAGAGACCUUUUGCCUGGUCAGGACAUCGCUGGACGUGCUGCUGACCACCGCCUCCAUCCUGCAUCUCUGCUGUAUCUCCCUGGACAGGUACUACGCCAUUUGUUGUCAGCCGCUGGUCUACAGCAACAGAAUGACGCCCCUGAGGGUGUCUCUCAUGCUGGGGGGUUGCUGGGUAAUCCCAUCCAUUAUUUCCUUCCUACCCAUAAUGCAAGGCUGGAACAGCAUUGGGAUAGAUCAUUUGAUAGAAGAAAGGAAGUUCAGCGGGGACUCGAACUCCACCAUGUGUGUUUUCAUGGUGAACAAACCCUAUGCGCUCACCUGCUCUGUGGUGGCAUUCUACAUCCCUCUGGGACUGAUGGUCCUGGCCUAUCAACGCAUCUACGUGACUGCGCGGGAGCACGCUCGGCAGAUCAACAUGCUGCAGCGCGCUGGGGGCGCCAGCGCCUCGUCAGACAGCGCCGCCCACCAGCGCAACCACCGCAUGCGCACGGAGACCAAGGCAGCCAAGACUCUAGGUAUCAUCAUGGGCUGCUUCUGCCUCUGCUGGGCGCCCUUCUUCAUCACCAACGUGGUCGACCCUUUCAUUGACUACGCGGUGCCCGAGAAACUGUGGGCCGCCUGCCUGUGGCUGGGCUACAUCAACUCCAUGCUCAACCCCUUCCUGUAUGCCUUUCUGAACAAGUCCUUCCGCCAUGCCUUCCUCAGCAUCCUGUGCUGUGGGAACCAGCGCUCUCGCAGGCAGUCCCUCCUGGUGCCCAGCGUGCCCUGCCCUGCCACUACAAUCAACGGAUCUACACACGUGCUAAGUGGCUGUUCCUCUGCAUCCAAACUCCUGCUCUGGUUCUGCAACACCAGGCCCGUUCCCGUCUAGAGCUGCCUGGAGCGCGUGCAAGUAUAUGGUACUGCACAAUGGGAAUCACCCCAAACAGGAGAAUCUAUCCCUUCAGACUUUAGAGUCCCAGGAAUCUUGCUUCUGAUCCGAAGAGAGAGAGGAUAAGGAAUCUGGGAACAGGAAUGCACACAGAGGAUGUGGCAGGGCUUCGUGCCACCGGAUUGGAAUCGCUUGUCAACAACACCAACUUAAUUACCAUAGCAGUGACUUCAUUCAGGCAAGUUUGGACAAUCCUGGUUGGGAUUCAGUGGCUGUUUGACUCGUAACAAAAAAGAAAGUCUGUUCUAAGCUCUCUCUCGCUCUCUCUUUGUAUCACUAUCAGCCUCAAAGGUGCACUGGGCAUUGACCAAACAUAGGCAAAGCUAUUAAAUAUAUAAUGUUAGGUUUGCAGACUAUUGGAACCACAGUUUGCCAAAAUCCUAAGAGUUUAGGUUUCUCUUUGGAAGGAAUUUCAAAGGAAAACACAGAACAAAAAGCUGACAAUAGUAAUGACACUAAUUACAACAUCAUGAUUAACAAGCACUGUAUGAUGAGUGUUACCAAAGGUAUUGCAUUUAAGAUGAAGCUUAAUAUAAUAUAACUAAGGAUUUAUUGCAGGUGUAGUUAGGUUUACAAAUAUAUUUUUAUGAGUUAAAUGCAGUGUCUCAUAUUUCUAAGAGCCAAAAAGUUGGAAGCUAAAUUUGGCAGUGCAAAAAUACACAAAAUAGAAUAGUAUUAUACACAAGGCAUUUCCUUCAUCAUGAUUCUUCUGUCACUUUCUCUGCACACACAUACACAUCACAAAGAAAUGGGUGAAGUCCAAAAAUGGGUAGACUUGUGACUUCAUGAGCACUUGAUUGAAUCAUGUGCUUUGGAAACAGGAGUCUUGGAUCAAAGUUAAUUUCUCUUUACCAUGCAGCUCAUUCAAAUGUGCAAAACUCCAUCGUGCUUGGUUUGAGCGCUUAAAGAACUGGAGCUCAGUCGAGUGGGUUCAACGUUUUUCUAGUCACUGCUGGCGUGACGCACAUCAACACAGCAUUAGAACCGGACAGGAGGUGAAAGAGGCUGAACUCCUGGGACCUGCCCUGGAUUACUCCUUUAUAACAACGAUCUUCACCACCGCGCUGAUAAAACCAACAGCGGGAAACGGAUGUCGAAUGAAACGUGAACUUGAACCUUGCUUUUGUUUGUUUCAGGUGGUUGUUUCGCUCGCUUAUGUUUUUGGUGGUUGCUGGUUCAACAUGUCAAUGAUUUGA